AUGGCGGGCUCAUCGAAUGCCAGCUUAUCCUUACCAGCCCCGGUAGAAAACCAAGCAGUUGUCUCGCUUUCGCUGCUCUCCGGCGGCUACCUUCACCUCCCAGGAAAUCUCUUCGUCGAGGGAGCCAGUGCAGAAGAAAUUCUAGUAUGCCCUUCCAUGUCAUGGCUGAUAACGCACCGUCCAACAAACACCAAAAUAAUUUUCGACCUGGGUUUACGAAGGGACAUUCAAAACUAUACCCCAAGCGUCUAUGAACGAUUAAAAACCGUUAUCCCGGUCGUUGUCAAGGAAGACGCAUUCGACAGUCUCGCCAAAGCGGGUAUCGACCCAGCCACCGACGUUGACAUCGUGAUGUUCUCCCAUCUUCACUACGACCAUAUCGGUGACCCAUCACGGUUCGGGCCUAAAACGAAAUUCGUUAUCGGCCCUGGGGCAGGAAACCUUCUCCGUGGUCCAAAAUCCUAUCCCGAUGAUCCACAUUCGCAUUUCGAUUCGAGACUGUUUCCACCAGAUCAGGUUGUUGAAUUACCCUCUCCUUCUUCGACGGCGGGUGCAAGUAAUCAGUUCUGGAAACCCCUAGGUCCAUUCUCCGCGGCUAGGGACUACUUCGGUGACGCGUCCAUGUUUAUAGUCGACUCUCCAGGCCAUCUGACCGGCCACAUCAACCUCCUAGUUCGCGUUCAACCGGAUAAAUGGAUGUAUCUUGCCGGUGAUACUGCUCACGAUGUCCGCAUUCUGGAGGGAACCCAUAAUUUUGCCGUAUAUCCCGACCCCUAUACCGGACGUCCCAAAUGCGCGCAUGCAGAUAAAGCUGCUGCUGGAGCGCAUGUAGGACGGGUAAGGAAGCUCAAGCAUAUGGGAGAUGUAGAAGUGGUUCUCGCCCAUGAUGCAGCUUGGUUUGACGAAAACAAGCACCGGUUCAGCGUGGCCGGGCCCUGA